AUGAUGAACUGGAACAGCGCUGGAACCCUGCGCGAACAAGCUUUCGCACUCGAUUCUAUCACAGCUACAUUCAUUGGUGUCUACGUAUACGAGUUCGCCAUCUCUACCAAGUUCGAUUGGAUGCUCGUCAAUAGAAGCGAUACUGGGCGGGCUGUAGUGGCGAAGAGUGUUAAAUGGCUGUACAUGUUAUGCAGAUACUCGUGCCUCGCCAACUGCGUGGGACUGGCCUUGGCAGUCUUUCACGGAAGGCAGGAUUGCUCAAUCGUAGCCAAGGUCGUGAACGCUACCGGCAUCAUCGCCGUCACCAGUAGUACAAUUCUGCUCUUCAUCAGGGUCGGGGUGGUACGGAAGUGGAACAAAUGGAUCACUGCGAUCUUCGCAUGCGCCUUCGUGGCCAUCUUCGCGCUAGGUGUUCGCGUCAUAGUGAAGGUUCACGGCCAAAGCAAUGGCCUCACAGGCCCCGCCUGCACUACGACUGGAUUCACCACUAUCCUGCCGAAUGUGUUCAUGAAUCUCCUCGUGGACGGAUCACUGCUCCUCUUUCUCUUUGCGGGACUGCGGCGCUGGACUCAUUCACGCAAGUUCAAUGUCUGGAAUCUUCUCUGGAACCAGGGCCUUGUUUAUCUGUCUCUGGCAGUGAUGAUUGAACUGCCCAUGACCAUAUUUCUCUUCCUGAACUUUAAUCCUAUAAUGCCCUUGCUAUUCUAUUCACCAUUCUCUAUCAUUUUACCGAUCGCCGCGACGCGUUUCUAUCGAUCUUUAACGACCUUUAGGAAAGGUCGGACUCACUAUACUUAUGAGUCUAUGGUCGUUAUUCCUGUACCGCGCAUGCCCAACACGACAGGGCGGAAGCCUUUCGAGACACCCGAAAGGUCCAGCUCUGGGCAUACAAUGGGAUAUGAGAUGGAUGAUAUCGCUAAUAGACCCACGUGA